ACAAUUACUUUUCUGAGGAGAGCUGCAGUUUGUGUUCGUGUGUUUCCUCAUUGGUAACGUGUAUGAGGCGUUUGAGCUCUGGAAGACAUUGUUGGCUCUACUCUGAGGACGCCAUGAGAGAGAGGAAGGAUCUGUAUCUGGGACUCAUCGCUGUGCUCUAUCAUCUGCUGGGAGAAAUCCCUCCUGACUUCUUUCUGGAUAUCAUGUCCCAGAACAACUUCCUGACCUCCACACUGCAGGACUUUUUCCAGUUUGCCAGCUGUCCUGGGGUGGACAGCACAUUAACGAAAAGAGCUGAAAAAUUUAAAGUCCACCUGAUAAAGAAGUUUUGGUGGGACUUUGAUGCAGAUCUUGAUGACUGUGCUCCAGUGAUGGUGGAGCUUCCAGAGGGAGUCACUGUGGACUAAACCUGAAUGUUGGAUCCACUCCCAUACUGUGCUUGAAUCUGCAUACUUCAAAAAUACCAUACAGUGCAGUAUGUAGAUUUUACAUUGCUUUCUUUUCACAUGAACACAGCCAAUGACUUUUCAUGCAGCUUUCAUUAGUGACAAUCCAGCAACAGAAUAUUCUCCCAUCACAUUCCACUUUUUUUUUUUAUAACAUUCCGUUUUAUUAAAGUUGAUUGUUUCAAUACUUUAUUGUCUGUUGUUUAUUUAGCCAUUUUUGUGGUCCUGAAUACCAAAUAUCACCACUAGAAAUAAUAUAUAAUACAAAACUAUUUGCAGCUAACUUGUGGGUAACUUGUGGCAGCUGGAACACUAUA